GAACAAAUAUAUGUAUAGACAUAUUUUACAGACAGCAGUUAGUUAUAAUAAUAAGCUUAUAAUUAGCACUGUACGCUCGUUGGUCAUGAUAUCAAAUUAAUUCAAAGCGGGUGAUAUUUGAAUCAAGUUAUUAGGUUUUGUAUCGGAAAACAUGGCGGCCUCCUUGCUGAAGGUUGCAGGUACAUGUAUUUCAAAGUGUGCUCUUCACCGGUCUCUAUUAGUGAGGACUUUUUCCUCAUCGUUACCUGUCAGUCAAAGUGUCCCUCCAUCCUUGUGGAAGUUGGGUAGACUGAACCAUGUUGCGAUCGCUGUACCAGACUUGGAGAAGGCAACAGCCUUGUACCAGGAUGUACUUGGCGCCCAGGUCAGCGCUACUGUGCCCUUGCCUGAGCAUGGGGUUUACACUGUAUUUGUGGAGCUAGGCAACACCAAACUGGAGCUCCUGCAUCCUCUGGGAGAAAAGAGCCCCAUUGCAGGCUUCCUGCAGAAGAACAAAGCUGGGGGAAUGCACCACAUCUGCAUCGAGGUCGAUGAUAUAAAUUCAGCAAUAGCGGAUUUGAAGGCAAAGAAAAUUAGACUGCUUUCUCCAGAGCCGCGGAUCGGUGCUCAUGGCAAACCUGUGAUGUUCCUCCAUCCUAAAGACUGCGAUGGGGUUCUUGUUGAAAUAGAGCAAGCAUAAUACUUGAUACAUUGCCUUAAAGAAACUCUAUACAAAGAGUGAUAAUUUGAAGAUUAAAAAAUUUGACAUAAACUAAAGGUGCUUCUUUCAGACAGGUUUUGGUGUCUGGCAUACAGUAGAUAUGAAUUUUGUUGUCUGUAAAUUAUUAGAUGAAUUAAAUGAUUUGACUUAUAAUAUGCCAUAUCAUGUAAAAGAUUACAUCACACUACACUAUUUAGAGCAGCACUAGUUUUUAAUAAUAUUGUCAAUGAUCAUAGAAAUUGUUCCUAUCGUUAACCCAUCCACUUUAUUUAAAGAGACCUUACAGUACAUCUAUACUGAAAACAUUAUAAUAUAAUGUUGGUUACACAAUCUUCUCAUGUUGGAUAAUAUAUUAUAAUCUGUUCCUGCCACUCCUGUAAUUGCAAAAAAAAAGAUCAUUUUCACAUUUUGCACAUUUCAUAAACAUUCACUUAAAGUAUUCCUUUUAACUCGUGGUGAAUAAAAAUGCACCCCAGGCAGAAGGAUUUUUAAAAGAUGACAACGUUCCACUCUAUCCGUCCUCUACUCUGACUUCAGCUCACACUCUGCACAAGAAUGAGCAUUUUACUGGGAUACGAUUUGGACUAUUUCCAUCUUUCAGAUGUCUCUUCUUCUGCCACUCAAUCCAUAAAUCGUUUCCCUUUGGACACAUCUGGAGCUGGAAGAUUAGAGACUGAUGUUUUUUCUCAAUUUCCUGUCUAUGUGGUUUCUGCAUUGCUACUUUUUUUUGACUCUUUUGAACUGUUGGAAGAAAAGGGUCUGAUUUGCACCUAAAAGUUAUCUGUAGCAUUUCCGUUUAUUUGGUAAGAAACUGGAAAGUACUUAGUCUAUAAAUAUUUAUUUGACAACUUUGGUUGACAUGCAUACAUGACAUUGAUCAGAAAUAUACACUGCUUGGACAAAUAAAAGUGGCUGCUUCAGAAGGUAUUAAGCAAAGAAAACAACUAAAGAGGUUGAAAUUGCUGGAGAUUAGAUGAGAGCUCUCCAAUGCAUUAUUACAAUCUGGAAGGAUAUUGUUAAACUGUCAACUGUGCUAAAGAGAAAAAUUCAUGAUUGAGCGUGAUCAGAGAUUAUUUAAACGCUUUGUGACGUUGCAUCAUAAAAAUAAAACCCCUUGGUGAGAAUAAUAUGGAUGAAAAGGCUUUAGCUUGCUAGGGAGCAUAAAGAUAGGACUUUGGAGGAAUGUAAAAAUGUGAUGUGGUCUGAUGAAUCCACAUUGACUCUGUUCCAGAGCGAUGGGUACAUCAGGGUAAGACGCAAAUCAAAUGAAUCAAUGCACCCAUACUGCAGAGUGCCCACUGGAUAAGCAGUGUUAUGAUCUAGGGUUGCUCCAGAUGGACAG